CGGCUGGAAUAUGGGAAAAGUAAACAACAGCCGCCAACACAAAGAAAAUAAAAUAGCUGGUCGGUGUGAGUGAUCUUCCUUGUCACUCGACCGGGCGGCGGCCAGUGUACAGUGGUGUGUUUGGCCUUAGUACAUUGUCCUAUUAAAUGCUCGUUUAUGCAUUUGUGUGCUUGUGUGACACCAGUGUACGUGUGCGUGCGUGUGUGCCUUUCUCAACACACCCGUUCGGUGCAAUCGCUCGUCCGCGCAGCAACAUCCUAAGCGCAACGUGGAUAAGAAACUAAAGAAAUGUCGACCUUACUCCUUCGCUUGGCGCUGAGUGGGUCGUGGCAGUGAAAGUCGUGCACGUCUUUGGUGCAUUACGUUGCAGACUAGUGAGAUCAUUUGUAACCGCCUCGCGACCGUUUACUCCUGGAAAAAUGUGGUCCAAGCGAAGCUGAAGAAUAAGUGCACUUAGUGGUCAAUUUGUACGAACCCUGUUCGCGAAUAAACUGUUUUUUGUUUGCUCCUGGUGGUGAUGGUCAUCAACCGGUGUCACAGUAGUUGUCUCAAAUAAAAGUGAGAGUGUGCAUAUACCACGUGGGAAAGAUCGGACACUUUGUUCCGCUGUUUCUUUCCAUAUCGAACCAAAAGACUGACAUUCUUCUACUGCUACGGAUUGCUUUCAAAUAUUGUGUGGGGUUUCGAUUUUCGAUUUGGAAAUUUUAUGAUCAAAAUGUUAAUAACGUGCUGCUACUACGGUUUGUGUUGUGGUUGGCCUAAAGCGUCCAACGUAGAUCUACAGUGUCGUAAAAACAUUGCAAUCUUAAGUGUUGGAAGAAAAGAAGCAAAAGCCUGAUGAAAAUGGCGAACCACGGAGAGUUGUAGCUGUUUUAGCGGCCAUGUGUUGAUCCAGAAAAUGAGGCAAAACUGCUGUUCGUUGAACAGGCUGCUUCCCUGGUUAGAUUGGAAGCUACUAAGAGACAACGUGCUGUGUUUGUAGUGUGGAGUUUACGACGCGUAUUGUGAAAGUGAUGAUACUACGCGUGAUAGCAAAUCUAAACGUUCUUGAGUUUUAAUUUGGUGAAACACCGUCCUCUGUAUGGUGAAGUUUGUUCGCGAUAGUUGUCGUGAUGUUGCUACCGGGAGUCAAUUGUACUAAAAAAAAGUAAAUGCAACAAGUGCAUUUGUUUGGGAGGAGAUAAAGUUACCCAUCUUCAUCAGUUGUGAGCGAAAAAAAGGAGUUCCCGGAGUUAGAGAGGAAGUAUUUUGCAAGUAGUCCAAAUCGUAGUAAAAUUCCUCAAAGUUCCCGGGAGCUGAAAGAAGCAUCGAAAAUGACAUCGUUAGGAAUUAUGACCCUGAGCCGUGGACCAUACAGCGAGCUCGAUAAAAUGAGCCUAUUUCAAGAUUUGAAACUAAAGAGAAGAAAAGUCGACUCAAGAUGUAGCAGCGACGGCGAAUCCAUAGCUGACACGAGCACGUCGUCGCCGGAUCUUCUGCAGCCACUGUCUCCGAAGAUGUGCGAUCAGCAGCAGUCUGCGCAUCAAACUCCAAAAAGUGCUUCGUUGGCAGUCAGCGAUGAUGGUUUACAGAAGAACUCUCGCGAAGUCCUAACUUCGCCACCAACCACACCGUCGGCGGACGAAGAACACGAGCAGCAGGUGUGCACAUCCGCCAGUGGUUUUGACACUGCUGCAAACGAUAUUGGUAACAGCAGUGCUGCCAGUAGUGAAAGACACGCUCUAAACACCAGCAGUGCCAGCAGUUACCAUAGCAAUCGUUUGAAUGGAAAUGAAAUGAAAGAUGGAAGUGCACGUUCGCACCAGCACCACCAGCAGCAGGAGAGGUGCAUUUCCGUCAGUUAUCAAGACGAUGAUAGUGACCCUGCCGAUGACGGUUCGAUGGCGACAUCGUCAGUGAAGCCUUCAAUGAGCGAGCUCGACAACGGUACUUUAGCAAAAGCCACCAGCCUCAAGGACGACGAUGCCUACGAACAUAGUGGUAGCCAUAGAGCGUCGCCUGAAUGUGCACCCGAAGUGAUACUAGAAGAGCGAACAACCGCUAGAAACGGUGGCCGCGGCAAUACCUCAAACGUAACCGCUGCAAGUGUGAUACGUUCUGUGGCUGAUGAACGGCGACCUCGUUCGGUCAAUCCUCCUACCAUCUCCAUAACAACAACCACCACCACUAAGGAACAGCAGACCAGUAGUAGUGGUAGUAGCAACGCUCUUAGCACCAAUAAGUGCGAACGAUUAGACAGCACUGCCAGUAUCAACAUACAAACCAGCCAUAAUACUAAUAACAAUAGCUGCGCUGCCACAACUACUAUUACUACUAGUUCUACUACUACUACCGCUUGUACUAGCGACACUGGUGCUAGUGGUAUAGCAUUAUCACCACCACGCCAAUACCAACACUAUGGCGAGAACUGCGUUGGUGAGGAAGAUGACGGUGAUCGUGAUCGGGCAACACAAAAUGGAAUGGUUGAAGCAAAUCCGACCGUUAGCAAUGCCAGAGUUAUUGCUGGUAGUGCUCAGACGCAGCAGCAGCAGCAGCAGCAACAUGUCACGGUCCUUGUUACUCCGGCUCUGUCGCGGAUGAAAACCAUCCAUCUCGCAACCGCAGAGGGAAAGAGCACUGGAAAUGCAGCAACGGCAGCCGCGGCUGCAGCUGCAGCAGCUACAACGCUGGUGACAUUAGGAAUGCGGAAACAGCAAUCAUUGCCACCACUUUCCACCGCACUAACAGAAUCCACGUCUCCACCGACAUCAUCGUCCUCGGUAACAGCAUCUCCGUCAUCUACAUUAACUACGUCCUCAUCGAUAUCAAACGCUAUCAGCACGCCAUCAAACGGGCGCAAUUUCAACAACGGGAUGCAGAACAACAAUGGAGCGCUGCUAGAUCGUAUGCAGAGCGACUGUGGCAAUGAAGCGGAUGGUGGUGAACAGCACGGCCGACAAAGCACACGAUCACCAUCAACGAUCGGGUCCUCAACGCCCACUGACACCACCACUACUGCUGCUGCUGCUACUACUGCGUCGGCCACUGGUGGCACGGUGUCUCCCUCGAUAUCAUUAUCCUUUCAGCAUCAAACGUCAUCUGCUGGAGCAGGUGGCUUAUCUUCAAAGAUUGUUUCUAGUCAAGCGAACGCCGACGGUGGAGCGAGCCUUGUUGUUGGUGCCGUUCCGAAGAAUCCGAACCAGCCGCAGCAUGUUAUAAUAACGCAGCAGCAAAUGCUUCAAGCAAUGCAGCAACAGAUACGCAUCAAAAAGGAGCGCCAGCAGCAGCAGAUGCUUGUUGCAAGUUCCGUGGCGCAGAACAACCAUCGACCGAUCAGCGCAAGCUUUUCGCCAGUGCAUCAUCAGGCGCAGCAGUUGGUUAUCAAGCGCGAGCGUAGCAUGAGUGGUGGUGGCGGUGGGUUGAAGUUACCUCACGCGCCCGGAUCCUUGGCACCGUCUCAUGCAACAAUUGUACGCCAACCGGCUAACAGUCCGGGGCCGAUGCAGCCGCCGUUAUCACCGCACCAGUCACUGCCCUACCGUCAACCGAACGGUCCUGCGCAAGUAGGUUCGUCUUGUGGUAACAAUCAGCAGCCUCAAGUGAUAGUGAAGCGCGAACGUGGGUCGUCGAUGCACCAGCAACAAUUUCAUCAGCAACAUCAACCUCCUUCAAACGCCGUAUGUGUUAGUGGAUCAAAUUCGAUAGGCGGGUUCACUACAAACAGCAUAAAUACUACCACAACGUCCUCAAUCGUAUCGACGGUCGGUAGUUUAUCGAUUCGUAAUCCGAUCAGAGAUGCUGCUAUUUUGUUUCGUGUAAAAAAUGAAACAAACGCUGCUAGCGUCCUGGCAAAUCAGCAACAGCAACAGCAGCAUCAGCAACAACAGCAGCAGCAGCAGCAGCAACAACAACAACAGCAGCAGCAACAGCAACAGCAACAACCACACCACCGAAUGGUAUGGCCCGGUACAGCGGUGUUAGCAGCGGGUGCUGCAAUAGUGUCUUCCGGGGCGGGAGCGACUCACCGAAUAAAUGGUGUUAAACCAGAAGUGAUCGGUGGCCCGUUGCCGCCCAUACGAAGCCAGAUAUCCUCACCGCACCAUCACGCUCAUCAACAGCAGCAGCAGCAGCAGCAGCAUCAUCAACAACAACAUCAGCAACAAUCGCCCCAUCAUCAGCAACAGCAAUCGCCACAACACCAUCAUGGCAGUCCAGGUCCAAUUGCAUCACAAACACCGCCUCGUGCUACUCCUACCGUAAUAAUGGGCGAAUCGUGCGGUGUUCGUACGAUGGUUUGGAGCUAUGACACCGCACUGCAGCAGGUGCAUAAUACGCCUUCACCCAACACGAUGGGUGGCGGUGGAAGCUCGACUGCCGAUAGCGUGCCUGGUAUAGCCACGGUGAGUGGCAGCAUGGCGGGCACUCAUCUUCAACAUCAUCAUCAACAGCAAUUGACGCAUCAUCAGCAUUUGCAGAACCAACAGUCCGCCACCGGUUCAAUGAACCAUCAUCAACAGCAAGGACCGCACCAGGCGAAUGGUGGAACAGCAAACACCGGCAACAGUGGAAUGAUCACCAGCAACAGCAACAACAACGUCACGCCGAGCAGCAACAAUGAAGAAGCCGCACAUCUUCUCUUAAGCUUAGGCCAGUCGGUGGUACCGACAACCUCGCCCACAGCCGCUGUUGCAGUGGCUGCUGCCGCGGCGGCUGCUGUUGCCGGCCAUACCCAGGCAUGGCAAGCGGCGAAUCAUCCGCGUACGAACUUACCGCUUAAUAUGGAGCGGCUGUGGGCCGGCGACUACGGCCAAUUUGCAACAGUAGGAUCUCAGCAGCAACAUCAACAGCAGCAAGCGCUAAACCUGACUUCUCAACAGCAGCAGCAGCAGCAGCAGCAACAACAACAACACUUAUCUUGGAGCCUUGGCGGGACAGGAGCAGUUGGUGGACCGAAGAAGGAAAUUUUGGACGACAUGCCACCGGAAGAGGACGACCAACCGUUAGUGUGUAUGAUAUGCGAAGAUAAAGCAACGGGGCUGCAUUAUGGCAUUAUCACGUGCGAAGGCUGCAAAGGGUUUUUCAAGCGAACGGUGCAGAAUCGACGAGUGUACACGUGUGUUGCCGAUGGAACAUGCGAGAUUACAAAGGCCCAGCGUAACCGUUGCCAGUAUUGUAGAUUUAAAAAGUGUAUCGAGCAAGGAAUGGUGCUUCAGGCGGUCCGAGAAGAUCGUAUGCCCGGUGGCCGAAAUAGUGGGGCGGUCUAUAAUUUGUACAAAGUAAAGUAUAAGAAACAUAAAAAGAACAACCAGAAAUCAUCCAAUGCUAAGCUGCAGCAAGGUACGGGUGCCAUUGGAGCCGCCAUCACCAACCUUGGUGACAUCGGUGUCGGUGCUGGAGGCCCACUAGGAAGCGGUAUCGCGUCCGUUGGUAGCGCGGAAAGUCCAAAGUCGACCAGUAUGUAUCAUCAUCCGCACGUGGCAACGCAUCUGCAGCAACACCACCACCAUUUACCAUCGACCACUUCGCCGACGAUGGUAAAAUCAGAGAGCAUGAAUCUGAACAUAAUGAACGGUACCAUCCUGAAGACGGCGCUCACCAAUCCGAGCGAGAUCGUGCAUUUACGACACAGGCUGGACAACGCCGUCAGCUCAUCGAAGGAUCGGUCGAUCUCGUACGAACAAGCCUUGAAUAUGAUACACACCCUUAUUGACUGUGAUGCUAUGGAAGAUAUAGCGACCCUACCGCAUUUUAGUGAAUUCCUCGCAGAUAAGUCAGAGAUUGGCGACAAGCUGUGCAACAUUGGCGACUCGAUCGUGCACAAGCUGGUCUCGUGGACGCGGAAGCUUCCGUUUUACACGGACAUUCCGGUCGAAAUACAUACCAAACUGCUGACGGACAAGUGGCAUGAAAUAUUGGUAUUAACUACGGCAGCCUACCAAGCGAUGCAUGGUAAGAAAAACAUCAGCACCACGCAAACGCAGAGCAGUAGUGGAGGGAUCGUGCUAGCGCCGGAUAAAAACGAUCCCGAGUUCACUGAAGAGAUAACAUCUCAUCUGCACACGCUACAAUCCUGCCUUACCACCCUGAUGGGGCACCCCAUCUCUAUCGAACAACUCAAGAUCGACGUCGGCCAGAUGGUUGAAAAAAUGACGCAGAUUACGAUAAUGUUUCGUAGGAUCAAACUCAAAAUGGAAGAGUACGUUUGUCUGAAGGUGUACAUUCUGCUUAAUAAAGAAGUUGAGUUGGAAAGUAUUCAGGAAAGAUACAUACAAGUACUUAGAAGCUAUCUACAACACACCGUUCCGCACAAUCCCAACCGACUGAGUGAUCUUUUGGCACAUAUUCCUGAGAUUCAAACGGCAGCUAGUUUGCUCCUGGAGAGCAAAAUGUUUUACGUACCGUUCGUUCUAAAUUCGGCCAACAUUAGGUAGCGAAUGAUCGAUCGUGGCGUGACGUUAACAGCGAAUACUCAUCGUGGAGUUUUCUGCGACGAGCGUAUUAUACCAACAAAUCCAAAGAAAGCGGAGCAAAAUUUUACACACUGUGACAAGGCGGUUGUCCGGACAUCGGAACGCACGACCAGCACGACAAAUUGUGGUGGCGAUGGCAGUGGUGGGCAGACAACGUUCGGGUGCGACAACAAUUGCUCCUCCGUCUCCAUUUUGGCACAAGAUUCUGGCUUUUUGAAUGUGACCAUCCCUCGGGUGGUGCCAACAUCGGAUCGCCCCGAACCGGAGGUGGCUACGAGCGGUUCGGCUUCCAUUUUGAAAAGCAGAUUGAACGCAUCGGCGGAAACUGUACCGAAGCGGCUUACUGCUAAGGUGAGGGCACACGAUAGUAGCCUUGAUAUAGACAGUAGUGAGAUUAGCACCGACAGCAGCAUCGUCAACAGAGCCAAUAGUCCUUUCACUGCCGAUACACAUAUUAUUAACAUAAAUAAUCGUACUGCUAAUAAUAAUUACAUUGUACAUAAUGAUACGGACUACACCAAUAGCACCAAUGCCGUAACAAUAUUUGUUAUUAAAACAGUGUUACCUGAUGAUUAGUAACUUCGAUACAUUCGAGGCCAUAAUAAAGCACAGUCUAUAUAUACAUACAUAUAUAUAUAUAUAUACAUACAUAUAUACAUGUGGGAUGCGUAUCCGUUUAUAAACUUUGACUAUGACCACAACCCCAACAACCCGGUUAGAUAGCUAGAAAACCGCAUCCGCGUGACGCAUGGAGAUUGGAUACGGGUGUGUGUCCUCCGUCUCUUGACACUUUAACACUUUUCCCGCUUCUGUGCAUGGAGUUCCGUCCUUCGGAGAGACGCCCAAUAACUUGAAUCACACAUACACUCAGACGAAUAGGGAGGAAGCAGCUUGUGCUGCACGGUGAAUCCGUUUUGCCCAGCUUCCACAUCGUCGCGCGUUGCUUUUCGUAAUGAGGAAUAUGCAGCACAUACAUACAUGCGGUGCAUUUAUUCGAACAAUAAAAAAUGCGGAUUGCCCGAAAGGGGACAGUUUAAGGCUAAUUGGUAAGUUUUUUUUUGUUUCUCGUUUUGAUCGAUUGAAUUCAGUUUUAAUGUGAUAGAUACGCGCGCAAAUUGCAUAUUCGUUGUGAUUCGAACUGAUGCGCGCAGGACAAGACGGUGCUGCUAAUGAGAAGGUAGCCUGCCGCAAACUCUGUUUUGAGGUAUGGUGGUUGCAAAGGAGGCUAAACAAUAGAGGAGGGAGGGAGCCGACGCAAGUAGAAGUGAACAUACAUAGAGGGUGGUAGGGGUUGGACACAAACCGUGAAGUCAUUGUGUUGUUUUUCGACUUCACUUUCUAGUGUCAUCCACUUGCCUGACGGAGCGACGUUGUUUUUUUUUUGUUUUUUGUGUUUUUUUUUGUACAAUUUACACUGCUAGAGAUAUAAAUAGUGAGCAUCAUGGAAAAUCAUAUUCAUUCAUCUUAAGGAGAUAGCACGGACACACACACACACGCUCAGUGUGUUAUCAUAUUAGCAUCAUAAUACAGCAAGCAAACAAACAAACAAAAAUCGAACUACAUGAUAAUGGGUGGGAGGAGCUCAUGAAAACAUUCGAGGAAAUUAAUUUUCCACCACUAGGAAGUCUGAAAUGAAUGCCUUCUUAUAUUGAUAUAGCAAAUUAAUGUGCGUAAGCGACGAAGAAACGCAGAGACAGACAGAGGCCGGGUGCGAAAUACAUCGAGAAAAAGGGAGGGUGAGGAGGUCACAUUAGAGCCAGAGAUUUACACACAGUAGCAAACGGGCAUCGCUUGAGAACCGCGCAAUAUACAGCGUAAGGACAGAAAAGAAACUUUAUGUUAAAAAAAAAAAAUACGCUACGGUCAGUAGCGUGAGCGGAGUUUGUAGUAGAAAAAUCCUUAAAUGCUGUAUGGUGGUAGUAGGAGCUCGGAACGCAGUAUAUUAUUCUGUGCGUGUACAGGUCACAGUUUACGGUGAACGUCGGCGAAAGGUUUAUUGGGUAACCUUUCGAUGUGUGUGCGAGUGUUUUUUUUUAUAUAUAAAUUACUAAACAAAAGCCCAAACCACAGAGUUUCUUUUUCCCGUGCCUAUAUAGAUAUAUAGAUAUUAGUACCAGCGGCAGCAGGUGGACCGGAUUGGGGGCAAAAUAGUGUUAAAACCUCACCGGUUUCCCAGUCCACACUUUUGUUGUCCUGCGUUGCAAAUCCAGCCAACUACACUUCACACUCACACACUGCCAAUACACACUGCCACGCCAAAAGUGUAUGUGUUUUUGCGUAAAACACACCACGGCACAAUAUUUAUAUGCGUUUUAGACCAUUCAAACCACAAGCAACUUCCCGGUUUUUUGUUGCCAGCUACAUGCAUUUUGCUGCAACCAUCCUCUUUCCGCGCUCUCUCGCAUAGAACAACAUUUCUAGUUCUACUAACGACAAACAAACAAACAAACAAAAACAUACAAACGGAACCUUACCAAAGUAUUUGUCCUCAUGAUUGUGGCUUUUUAUAACUGCACUUAUAAACUACUUCAGCCUAACACCUGCGCACCAUUUCCUGCCUAAGCAUGUCUGACCCGUUUAUUGUUAUAUUUGUUGUUACAUUGACACACACACACACAUCAUUGGUAUUGGCUGCUUGGUGUACUCCCACGGUUUUUGUUCUGUUUUUAAUUUUAUUUUUGUUGUCACUUCAAUGUCUCAAAGGAAGUGUUUAAACGCCAGGAGGAGAUGUAUGAUAAACGGCGGUGGACUUGUUGUCACAGCAUCGAUCAAGUCGCCAUUGCUUUUGUCAAUUGAAAUUUUGUAACCGGGGUUGUUAAAAGUUCAGUUCACGCCGGAGCGUACGCAUUACGCAAAAUUGCUCCCAAAAGCAGUAACAUUUUUAAUAACCAACCCGCCGCAACCUAGAGUUGGGGAUUUUCGGCCACAAGAAUUAUAAAAACCACACGUUGUUGUUUAGAAAAGGCUGCUGAAAGUACUGCUGGAGCGGAUAAAGUGGCACACUUUGAUCGUAAGCGACCCGGUUAUUAUCCAUUUUUUUAAAUGAGCCCACCAUGGUUAUACAUCUCCUUGGGGUAUGAACACGAUAUAGGUAUCCGCAGUAAAAGAUCCUUCACCUCCUUCCCGGGAAUAGAAAUGGCUUUAGCUAGAUAAUGGAGUGUAAUGAUGUGGAAACAGAACAUAAAUAUACAUACAUGUUUAUCCAAUACAUUUAAAAAUAGAUGCCGAUUGUACAGUGCACUGCACCCCAGACCACGGACCAUGUAUGAGCAGUUUCAAACGGACGUAGCAUGAUUUUCUUUUUCGGUGUUUUUUUCUGUUUCUUUUGUUUUCAUUUGUAUUUUGUACAAUACGAUAAGACUGCAGCUAUUUGAGGAGCGAAUGAGAGAGAGAGAGAGAGAGAGAGAGAGAGAGAGAGAAAGUAAACGCUAGAGAGAGCAAGCAAGCAAGUGUGUAUAGAUCGUUUCUUUUAAGUGUUAUUUAGUUAGAGUCACUAUAGAAAAGUUAUCGAAUGCAUCGGUUUAGCAAUAAAACUCCCAUUACUUCCCGUAUUCACUACCACCCGUCUUGCAAACGUUCCCCGUACUGUUCUGUGUAAUAAACAAAGCUUAUCAUACCAAAUCGACCACAGUCGAUGCUAUCGAAUGUUUGACGAUAGAUUAUUAUAGCCGCCGUUGUUAUGCAUCCUACUUACAUUUAGCUACUGGAAUGUUUGUUUCUCACCUCUUUCACUUACUUAACACAAUAUGUGCGUGCGUGUGCGUGUGUUAGGUUGGUAGUAGAUAUGGUUUAUGCUACUAGUAACAUUAUUUUCACUACAAGAAACACUCACUACUCCCACACUGGAACUAACGUUUAUUUCAUUCAUUAGGCAUUGUGAAGAAAAAUAAAACAGCUCUGUAAGGAUAGUAGGAUAGGAUCAGUGGUAACACAGCUCCAACAUCAAGGCAUCAUCUCGUUCAUUCGGACAAUGUACUGCGCGGCUAGCACAAGCAAUUCGUAUGAAGGUACUGUGGCAAGAGUAUCUCGAGAGAAGUAAGCUAUAAUCGUAAUACAGGCAGAAGAAGGACAAAAACAACCCCCACACAAACACCCACUCGGCUACACAUAAUACCGUUAAGAGCAGUCAAGUAUAUCGCACAUAAGAGGAAACAAAAAAGCAAAAAACCAAAUAAUUAGAUGAUAGAGGAAAAUUGUUUUUGAACGGUUUACUACCUACUACUUUAGUUACUUUUUAUGACGGUUCAGCAUAAGGUGCGUGUCGUGCGUGCGUGUUUAUGUUUUUUUCUUUCUUUUUUUGUUGAUACAUAAAUUUUUGGUGUGCAAAGCAAGUUAGUGUUGCAGGGAGCAGCGGCUAGGACAUCCUCCUGUGAGUGUAUGUCCGUGUGUGUAUGCAUGUACACAUGAGCAUAUGUUUCUUGUGAAGGUUGCGUAAAUAGUUUAGGAUCGCAGAGAGCAGACCAUCUACCAUCACCCCCAUGGACGAUCGCGAAUGAUCGGUUUAACUAAACGCUUUGGACUUUUGUUUUUGUAACAAAUUUCCGUUCCUUUGUUUUGCCCUCCCGUGCGUGCUUAUCAAAUCAAAACUAAACAUCUAUCCACCACAUCCCAUCCAAUGCACAUUCGUUGAACGUAGGAGCAAAUCAUGAACUCAUUGUUACCAGUGACACCAUUAUGCACCAUUACUGUUAUCCGUCUACUAACUGUGCAUCUCAACCAACAAACCCCCCAUGAUACAAUUUUGCUACAAGAGCGAGACGAUCUAACGCGUUGCUAAUGAAGUUGCACAAAAACGACAGUGAACCUAAGUAUUCCAUUCCAAAAAUUUGAACCGUGUAACUAGUGUGCCGGAAACACUCAGCGACAGAUUUACUAUUGGCAUUUUGGGCACAAAAAUCUCACAAUCCCCAUCCUUUAGAUUAGACCCCCCCUCCCUUUAAGGUAGCCACAGCGCAACGGUCCUUGACACGUACCAAACGCAGCAACGACAAGUACAGACCCGUUUACCAAUAAGAGUGCAUUUGAUUGUUAGGUUUAGCUUAGUUUACACUGCGAAGAAGACUGCAGCAGAAUGACUAAUCCGCGCGCAAAAGAGAGAGAGAGAGAGAGAGGGAUGCUGGUUUGUUCUCGCCAUUCAUUCCGUGCGGUUUCGCAUAUGCCGAUUUUUGCAUGUGAGGUUUUCUGUUUGGUUAUUGUGCGUAAAAAUGUGUCCCAUGAUUUUUGUCGAACAGCUGUUUCAUUGUGAGAGAGAGAGAGCGAGAGAGAGCGAGCUACACAGCGCGCGCGUAUUGUGCCGGAUCGUCGUAUCGCCAUUUAGUAGCAGGCGGCCCCUGCUUCUCGUUGGGGGCCAAAUAGUGUGCGUGUUUUGUAUUGUUAAAACUCUUAGAAUAAACCUACUACCGAUAGAUAGCAUUAAGCAGGAGAAGCAAGUGGUUAGAAGAAGCUGUAAGCAGGAGGAGAAGGUGGUUCGAAGUUACCAAAAGAAGCAGAAGCACUGAACGACUAACGAGCGCACGCGCUACAUACGUAGCUAAGUGAAACCAACACAUGUUUGCUUGUCAACAAAACAAUCAAACCAACCAACCAACCAACCAGGAGUGAUUUCUUGUUAGUCAACUCUUUUAACGCAGCACAUACAAUUUUAACUUGCGGUUUUUGGUUGAUUUCUUCUUCUCGUGUUUUCGUGCGUUACUUUCAUCUUUCUCUUUUAAGGAGAAACCAUUCUCUAUUUUACUUUUAUUUCAAUAAACUCAACCAUGUGACGCAUGUACUGCUGGCUCGAACCAUAUGAUGACUGUUGAUUGAUUGCUGUGCACUAGCGACUACUUGUGUGUGUGUGUGCGUGUGUGUUAGCAUGUUGAUCAAGGACCGACCGUUGUGUGAAGCUUUACUUUUGCCCUUUUUGAUUGGAAUCGGUUUCUGUCUUCCCCCACAGUAGAUGUUUUAAAUGCACGAUCUUGUUAUUAGCCAUCGCUUGUUGCCCUUGUUUUCAUUUAUCUGAUCUUGAUUAAUAUAAAGAGUGCAUGCCCAGCCAUCCACCUGCAGCAAGCACCUGCUGGUGAGGAUAUAUUGUAGACACCACAAAACGUACAUUGAACCAAAACUGCCAUUUACUACACUAAUCGUAUAUGUGUAUGUGUGUGUGCACAAGCGCAUGAUCGUGCCGUGCGAUCGUACAGCAUUAAAAAAACAAAAGCAAUAGAAAUUUGUGCAGCGAAUGAUGCCACCGGUCAUACACGUUUUUUGUUAGUUGUACACACAGCCCCAAGCAAUGUUUAAUGUUCCGACAUGAUAAGUUACUUUUGUAACCUGUACACUACUCACACUCGCCUGUGCGUGAUUUGAUGAGCCAGAUAUAUACAUCCAGCAUGAUAACUGCCAGCAGGAAGCUGCCCGUUUUUAAACCUUUCUCUUCCAUCCAUACAUACAUACAUCUCUUAAGCGAUACCGAUCGGUAAUGUGAAGAGAUCCAUCUUUGCACUCAAGAAUUUAGGAAGGAUACUGCCACUCGAUGAUAAGCUUGUUCUUUGUUUGUGUGUGUGUGUGUUUUUGUUUAAAUCAAACUUAUACAGUUAAUAAAAACCAUAAAUGAACAAAAAGGCGCUGUACUAACGCUAAAGGGGGAGAGCAAAAACAGCAACAAGAACAGAACCCAUACCACACAGGUACAUGUAGGUGAUAGUAACUUACUGCGGCAGAAAAAAAAA